AUGGACAAGAGUAGAAAACGUCACACGAAGUGUAUGUUGGACGCUACCUAUCCUCCUACAUUCUCCGAACAAAAUGCGGCACAACCAGCUUGUUCUGGACAACGAAACUGUGUCUACGGUAAAAUACAAACCAGGAAAGGAGUGUGAAGAAAAAAAAUGACACUUCAAUGGGCGGCAGUUGCAACUUUUCUUUACGCUGAAAUAGGACUCAUUUUAAUCUUCUGUCUACCUUUUAUUCCUCCUCAGAGAUGGCAGAAGAUUUUUUCAUUUAGCGUCUGGGGUAAAAUUGCAACUUUCUGGAGCAAGGCUUCCCUUACUAUUAUAGUACUAUUGAUUGUUCUGUUUCUAGAUGCUGUGAGAGAAGUAAGAAAAUAUUCCUCAACUCAUGCCAUUGAAAGCAGCUCAGCCAGCAGACCUGCUGCCUAUGAACAUACACAGAUGAAACUUUUUAGGUCUCAAAGAAAUCUUUACAUUACUGGAUUUUCAUUAUUUUUCUGGCUAGUGUUGAGACGUCUGGUUACCCUUAUUACUCAGCUGGCAAAAGAGCUGUCAAACAAAGGAGUACUUAAAGUUCAAGCAGAAAAUACUAACCAGGCUGCCAAAAAAUUCAUGGAAGAGAAUGAAAGACUAAAACGGCUCUUGAAAAACCAUGGCAAGGAAGAAGAACACAUUUUGGAAGGGGAAAAUAAAAAACUAGCAGAAGAUAAGGAAAAGCUGGAAACUGAAUUAAAGAAGGCUUCAGAUGCCCUUUCUAAGGCACAAAAUGACAUGACGAUGAUGAAGAUGCAGUCAGAGAGACUUUCGAAAGAAUAUGACCGGCUCCUGAAAGAACACUCAGAACUUCAGGAUCGUGCAGGGAAAGGCAAUAAGAAAGGCCUGUGAACUUUAUGAAAGAAGACUGUGAUACACCAUGUCAAGAGGAUAAAUUUGUUAUCAUGUUAGCCUCUAGAAAACUUAAAGUUCAGUUCAGAAAAACAUACUGUCUAUGACCAGCCAAUAUUUUUUUUAAUGCCACACACAUAGGCUAUUGUCAUAAUGGCAUUAUCACAAUAUUUGAUGAUGUUUCAGAUAUAUUGUAAAGUCUGUAUUCUAGCUCUCAAGUGAAAUAUAAGCAUGUUAAACAC